UCAGAGCUGCUCCCAUGGGAACAGCUCCAGGGCCUGGUGUGGACACAGAGUGACCGGAGCCACAGCAGCUCCGACCCCGGAUUCCCAUGGAUCAGCCCGAAUAGAGUUGUGCCUCCAGCUCCAUUUGGGGAGGAUUUUCCCAGGUGGAAGGAUUAGAUCUGGCGGGAUGUCAGAGACAUCCCGAAGGAUCCGGCAGAUUUAUGGAAUGAUUCCGGGGGGUUUGGAGCACUGAACCCAGACGCAAAACCACCCGGAGAGAUGGAGCAGAGCCCCAUGGCAAUGAUCCUGCUGUGCGCCCUGUGCAUUCCAGCGGCGCUUCCCUCGGAGCCGGAGCCUCCCGCGGGAUCGGGAUCGGGCUCGGAGCUUCCCGCGGGAUCGGAGCCCAUCCCGCUGGGGCUGAAGGCCAUGGUGGUGGUGAACUCCACGCCCUGCAGCGUCACCUGCGGGCUGGGCGUGAAGGAGGAGCGGCUGUGCGAGGUCAGCCCAGCCGGGGAGCGCCAGAAUUGCUCCCUGGUGCGUUCCCGCUGCCUUAGCCAUUGGAUCUGCGGCCUCCGGCACCUCAGCGUUCCCGAGGGAAAUCCCAUCCGCCUCACCUGCCUCUCCCCGGACGCCGCCAGCCUGGAGGGACCAAAUUUCGGCUACACCUGGAGGUUCGCCCACGGGCUCAUCACCACCAACGACCUCCUGUUCCAUCCUUUCCACAAUCCCAACCCUUCCCUGAACUUCUCUCCGGCUCUGGAGUCGCAUUCCGGGACCUACCGCUGCGACGUGCAGGUGCUGAGCUCCUUCCAGCUCGUCAAGAGGAUCUACUUCGGCCUCAGGGUGAUCCCCAGGGAUCUGGUGGAUCUCGACUUCCAGAAAUCCCUGACUUGGGAGCAGCAGCUGGCGGCCAACGGGGAGGAGCCGCCGGGGAACGCCAGCGGCGCCGCGGAGCAGGAACGCUGGCGGAAUCCGUGGGAGAAGCAGUGGAUUUAUGAGGCGGUGCUGGGAGUUGGGAGCGGGGUGAUCCUGGGGAUCCUCUUCAGCCUCGGGUUCUGCUGCCUGGGCAGGAUGUGCAGGAACAGAGCGGCGCGGGAAAUGAACAGACUUUGAUGCAA